AUGUCGAGCUUGGGAUCAGUACCGGAUACCAUCAACUUCCCGGCCGAAGAGAAGAAAAUCCUCGAGCAUUGGGAUAAGGAAAGCACCUUCAAAAAAUCGCUAGAGUGGGUUGUCAAGUUGUUGUUUCAUUCCUUCUUUAGAUUAUCCAAGGAUCGACCUCAUUUUACUUUCUAUGACGGCCCUCCAUUUGCUACCGGUCUUCCUCAUUAUGGCCACAUCCUAGCAGGAACCAUCAAGGAUGUUGUGACCAGAUGGGCUGCGCAAACUGGCCAUCAUGUCGAAAGGCGCUUUGGUUGGGAUACCCACGGUCUUCCAGUUGAAUUUGAGGUUGAUAAAACCUUGGGUAUCAAAGGACCCGGUGAUGUUCAUGAAAUGGGUAUCGGAGUCUACAACAACCAUUGUCGAAGCAUCGUUAUGAGGUAUUCAAACGAAUGGAGGCAUACUGUGCAGAGAAUGGGUCGUUGGAUUGACUUCGACAAUGAUUAUAAGACUCUGUAUCCUUGGUUUAUGGAAUCCGUUUGGUGGGUCUUCUCCGAACUCUACAAAAAAGAUAUGGUAUAUCGUGGUGUGAAGGUUAUGCCUUUCUCUACUGGAUGCUCCACUCCAUUGAGUAACUUCGAAGCCGGUCAAAACUACAAAGACGUUCAAGAUCCUGCUGGUAAGAGGUUAAAUUGUAUUAUUUUAGAUAUGUUUAGAAACACCUUUAUCUUUUUUGUUUAGCAUUUGUCGGUUUUCAAUUGAAGGACAACCCGAAGAGAUCUCUCAUCAUUUGGACCACUACUCCAUGGACUUUGCCCAGUAAUCUGGCUAUCGCUGUCCACCCAGACCUUGAGUAUGUGGCUGUCAAACCGAAAGGAGGUGAUAAAGAAUAUGUUCUGUUGAAAAGCCGGCUAACUGAGUUGUGGAAGAAGCCUGAUCAAUACGAAAUCCUCGAGACUUUCCUAGGAAAGGCUCUUGGUGGCUUGGAGUACGAACCAGUCUUUCCUUACUUUGCUCAUCGAAGAGAAAGUGGGGCUUUCCGAGUUCUUUUGGGUACUUUCAUCACUACUGAUCAAGGUACCGGGUGUGUUCAUCAAGCUCCUUACUUUGGAGAGGUAAGCGUUUUUAUACUUUUGUUUUUCGUUUUGGCAACACAUGCUGAAUUUUGAUAUGUAUAACAUACGAAUUGGGUUUAGAUCGAUUUCGCUACAUGCUUGGAAAAUGGUGUCAUCACUAAAGAUGGAGAUUUAGUCUGUCCCGUUGAUGAAAAGGGUCUCUUCACUGCUGAAGUUGCUGAUUAUAAAGGCCAGUAUGUCAAGGACGCGGAUAAGGCCAUUCUGAAAGCUCUACAACAAUCCGGACAUUUGGUUAAACAAGCCACUUGUCAGCACAGUUAUCCAUUCUGCUGGCGGUCUGACACUCCGCUGUUAUACAAGGCCGUGCCGUCUUGGUUUAUCAGAGUAGAGAGCAUCGUCUCAAAACUUUUGGAAAAUAACGAUAAGACGUAUUGGUAAGUAAAGUUUCGAAUGUAUUUUUUAUUGUUCAGGGUUCCAACCUUCGUCAAGGAAAAGAGAUUCGCUAACUGGCUUCGGGAUGCCAGAGAUUGGGCCGUAAGCCGAAACCGUUUCUGGGGAACUCCCAUUAAUCUUUGGGUCAGCGAUGAUUACAGUGAGAUCGUUUGCCCAUCUUCCAUCAAAGAAUUGGAAGAGUUGACCGGAAAGAAGAUCACGGAUAUCCAUCGAGAGAGUGUCGAUGAUCUGACUAUCAAGUCGAAGUCUGGGAAUAUCCUGAAGAGAACUUCCGAGGUCUUCGAUUGCUGGUUCGAAUCCGGCUCCAUGCCUUAUGCCCAGCAGCAUUAUCCUUUCGAGAACAAACAGAGAUUUGAAGAGAAUUUCCCCGCUGAUUUUAUUGCCGAGGGAAUUGAUCAGACUCGAGGAUGGUUCUACACUUUGUUGGUGUUGUCAACCGCUCUUUUUGACAAGCCUCCGUUUAAGAACCUGAUCUGUAAUGGACUUAUCCUUGCCUCUGAUGGAAACAAGAUGUCAAAGAGCAAGAAGAACUACCCGGAUCCAUUGGAAGUUGUCAACAAGUACGGAGCUGAUGCCCUGAGGCUUUAUUUGAUCAACAGUCCAGUUGUUAGAGGAGAGACUCUCAAGUUCAAAGAAGAUGGGGUCAGAGAAGUCCUCAAGGAUGUGUUCUUACCUUGGUUCAACGCUUUCCGUAUUUUGGCUGCUAAUUUGAGACUGUUUGAAUUGGUAAACACAAUCUUUUUAUGUUUUAUUAAAGGUUUUCUUUGACAUUGAUCUGUUUAUUUUAGGAUGCCAAGGCCAAGUUCGAUUUCCACACUGGAAAUGCGGUUAAUGUAAUGGAUCGAUGGAUCGUUUCCUUCACCAACAGUCUGGUCCAAUAUGUCCGCAAAGAGAUGGAGCUGUACCAUCUUUAUGCCGUCGUGAAUCCUCUUACAAAAUACUUUGAUACCUUGACCAACAUCUACAUCAGAUUGAACAGGAAUCGCUUCAAGCCCGAGAAUGAGGACGAUGAAGAUCGUCGUAUCGCCCUGUCCACUCUUGCUCAUGUUCUGGUCACUGUAGUCAGAUUGAUGGCCCCAUUCACUCCAUUCUUCUCUGAAUAUCUUUGGGAUCAUCUGAAGACUGUCAUUGGGUCAGAUAAGGGUUCUGUUCACUUCACUGACAUCCCUGAACCACACAUUGAAUGGAUUGAUGCAGAUGUGGAGAGAAGGGUCAGCGCCAUGAGAGAGGUUAUUGACAUUACAAGGACGCUGAGAGAACGAAAGGGAAUCAGCACUCGAGUAAGGGGUCUUGUUAUAUUGUCAGAUGUUAUGAUAAUUUUUGUUACAGUACCCGCUGAGAGAAGUGAUCGUUGUAAACCGCUCCCAACAAUUCCUCGACGAUGUGCUCAGCUUGAAGACUUAUAUUCAAAGUGAACUCAAUGUGAAGGAGGUUACCGUAUCCCAAGACAAGGCCAAAUACGGGGUCCAAUUGAAGGCCGAACCAAACUUCAAAUUGUUGGGAAAAAGAUUGAGAGGAGAUCAGAAGAAGGUCGCUGAUUAUUUGAGGAACACCGUGACUGAAACCGAAUUGGAAGAGCUGAUCGCUAACUGUAAGAUCACCGUCCUUGGCUAUGAAUUGACCUCGGAAGAAGUGGGAGUCGCCUUUACGUGUGAUUCUGGAUCCGGAGGAAAUUGGGAAACCCAAGCUGGAAAUCAAACUGUCGUUCUUCUGGAUUGCACUGAAGAUCAGCAACUUUUGGAAGAAGGAUUGAGCAGAGAGAUCAUCAACCGAAUCCAAAAAUUGAGAAAAGAAGCGAAGCUUCAGCCUGAUGAUGUUGCCAGUGCUUAUUGUACCUUCGAACCAGUUGACGGCCAUCUUUUGAAAACGGCCAAGGCCUAUCUCGAGACUAUCUCUAAGUCUACUGGAACUACCGUGAAGUUGAAUGAGGAUACCAAAGGAAAGGUGGUGGCCUCAAGCAAGUCCGAGAUCAGAGAUGAGCAGGUUGAGGUGAGUCCUUCUCAUUGCAUUUUGGAAUUUCUUUGCUUUGAAUCUAAAUCUUUGCUGUUUUAAUAUGCCGAUUUCAGGUUAAACUUAUCCUUGGUGCUCAAUAA